AUGAUCCAUCCCUACAACGAGCGCAAGGAAGCUGCUGAGAAGUUUCUGCAGGAGGAGCUGCAGCGACAGGGCAAGGCCCCAGGCUUGGUUCAGCUUGAUUUUGCGCCGAUCCAAGAUCCCGUACCUGAGCGGGGAGGUUCGGAUCCGAGCCUGGACUGCAUUGUGGUUAGCGAGGAGACAGUGGGAGGCGCCGCGGCUAUCAACAGGAUGAGAGCGACCAAUCAGAUUGCUCCGUUACACGUAGUGGUGGCAUCAACAGUACCAGCGCCAUCAACCGCUGCUCUUCCACUCGCUCCCGCCACCAACUCUCCGGCGGCUGACGUCAGCAAGCUAAGCUCCUCCCUGCUCAGGGAGCAAUGUCUCGGAACCUUCCUGCCUCUACCAAGCAAGCAGAAGAGGCAGCAGCGGCAGCGGCGGCAGCACAAGGGGCGGCUGCAGGCAGGGCCGUACCUAGUGGGGCUGACAGGAGGCAUCGCCUCUGGCAAGUCCACCGUCGCUCGCUUGCUCUGCGCCCUCGCCUCCUCCUCCUCCUCCCCUGCUCCCGCUCCUGCUCCUGCUGCUCCGGAUGUUGCUGCUUCUCCCAAGGCUGGUGGGGAUUCAGUGAGAGAGGAGAAGCAGUCAGAGGAGGGAGGGCCAGGGCUGGGGCGGCAGUCAGAGGAGGGGGGCGCAGGGCAGGGGCGGCAGUGGAGGGUGGGGGCGGUGGACUGUGACCGGCUGGCCCAUCGGGCAUAUGAGCCAGGCACGCCUGCCUACCGCCGUAUUGUGGACCUCUUCCGGCCCUCUGUGGUGCGACCUGCAGGUGGGUCGUGCGUUCAAGUCAGGGGAGGGUGUGGGCAGCAGGUGGGUGUGUGGGGACAGCGCAGAAUGGCAGUGGAGGGUGGGGGCGGUGGACUCAGGUCGGUGGUGUGGGCAGGAUAUGGGCAGAUCGACCGGGCAGCACUGGGAGCACAGGUUUUUUCCUGCCCGGAGAAAAUGGCUGCCCUGACAGGGGUGGUGUGGCCAAUGGUGCGACAGAUAGUGGAGGAGGAGAGGGAGGCUGCAGGGGCCGGCGAAUGGGAAGUGAUUUUCGCAUCGACUGAAAUACCGUCUGCUUCUGCUGAGUCGAAUGAAAAAGCGUCCACUCUUUUGGAGUCGACUGAAAAGGCAUCUGCUUUUGAAACGUUUAAAAACGAGUACACUAUUCGCCCCAUAGCCCCCCCUGCGGAUGUUCUUAUAGUGGAGGCUGCCAUGAUGGUCGAAGCAGGCUCGGACCGAACCGUGGACGAGGUCUGGGUGGUGUUUGUCCCCGAGGCUGAGGCGAAGGCUCGGUUGAUGGCGCGGAAUGGGGUGACUGAAGAGGAGGCGGGGAAGAGGAUUGCCGCUCAGGUUGGUCCAGUGGAUGGUGUAGGCGGUUCCCCUUUUCUCCUCCUAGUUGCCCUUUUCUCCUCCUGGUUGCCCUUUUCUUCCUGUCUUCCUCCACCCUCUUCCUCUAAAUCUUUGUUCCUUAAUUCCUCCCUUAACCUUCCUCCGAGUCUUCUCUUUCUCUUCACUCCCCACUCGCACCUUCCACCACCCCAGAUGACGUCAUCUGCCAGGCUGGCACAUGCUGACGUGGCUAUCUACAACGGCGCCACCGAGGACGCCACGCAGCGCCAGCUGGAGCGUGCAUGGUGUGAGAUGGCGACACAGCGAGCAGGACCAUUCUUGGAGCAAUGGAGAGAGAACUUCCAUAGGCUUCAGGGGCAAUGGCAGAUUCCUGCUGGAAUCUCUGAGUUUAGGGUCCCACACUCUAUGGCUGCCCGUACGCAGCCUCAUUUCCUGGAAGCUGUGCAGUCUGUGUGGACCCGCUGGGCGGCGCUGAUGUGGCGUCUCAAUGUGGAUGCUGACGUGGCAGAGAGAUGGUUCCACAAGCUGGUGUUGGUGGAAAAUGGGGUGAGGAGGGAGGAGGAAGGGGAGAAGGUGAGGGAGGAGGAGGACUGGCAGCAGGUUGGAGUGGCAGGGGGGUGGGUGGCAGCUGCGAUCCUCUCCUUCCAGCAUCUCCGCAGUCAAAUCCAUCGUGUGGAGCGUCCCGACUCUCUCAAGCUCGCUCUCUUCGUCGCCCUCCAUGCAGCCUCCCUCCCCAACCUCCCCUCUCCACCUCACCCUCCCUCCACCACUCAACCACCCACCUCCAAUGAUCCACCACCCGGCGCCCCACCUCUCAGACCUGACUCGCCCGGAGUGCUUGCUGCUGCAAGAGAGGCACUUCACAGCGCGUCGCCCGGCGGCGACGCGGCAGCGGUCGAGCCGCAGCGCGCCUCAGCUGACUGCGCCGCCUCUCCUGGCGGCGACGCGUCGGGCGGGGGCGGCGAGCGGCAUCUCUUCUGCUUCGGGCUGGGAUACGUAGCAGUGGCGCUGUCGAAUGUGCUCCUAUCGAAAGGCUGGUAUGUUGUUGUGCUUCUAUUGGAGGCUGUGAUACGUGGCAGUGGCGCUGUCGAAUGUGCUUCUAUCGAAAGGCUGGCCUCUCUCUCCGCCCUUCGCUCUGCCACACACGUACUCGUCUCCAUCCCGCCAUUUCUGUCUCCUCGCCCCUCAUCCCCGCAACACGUUGACAUGGUGAGUCCACCACAAGAGUUAGUCUUUGCCUCGCCCCCCCCUCCCCAUCGCCGCCACACCCACCACAUCUCCAUCCCCUCUCUCUCUCCUCUCUCCUCGCCCCCAACCCCACAACGCGCUGACUUGGUAGGUGCUUUCCUCCUGUUGCGAGCACCUGAUGCAAUCUGCCAGGCAUCGGCUGAGGUGGAUCGGAUACCUGUCUUCCACAGGCGUCUAUGCUCCCCCCCGCGCCCGCUCGCCCCGAAGGCCGUAGCUCGCUACGCCGCCGAGAGGGAAUGGCUGGCCUUUCAGGCGCAACUGGGGGAGGCGUUAGCUGAUGCACCAAUGCAGAACGAGGCACUGGCUGAUGCACUCGUGCGGAGCGGGGAGAGCAGGUGUCAUCCAGAACCGAGCAAGCGCGAGGACUCUGCUGUUGCUGUUGUUCGAGUUUUCCGGCUUGGGGGGAUCUACGGGCCUUUUCGCAGUGCUCUGGACACAGCAGCAGCAGAGAUGGGAGCAGGGGAUGUGCCGUCACCCCAUUGGACAACAAAUCCUAAUUCGACGAGCAGCAGGCGAGGGGAGAGCAGCAAUGGAGAGGACAGCAGUGUCACCAGUCAAGUGCUCAGUGGCAACGGGGACAGCCGCAGCACUCAGAGCAGCAGCAGCAGCAGCAGCAGCAGCAGCAAUGGGGGUGAGAGCAGCAGCAAAGGGAAUGUGAGCAGCACCAAUCGCGAGCGCCGGCAGAGGAAGCGGUUCACGUCGCGGUGCCACGUGGCAGACAUCUGCGCUGCGAUUGGUGCCAGCAUGGACGGCCGUGGCAGCAGUGCAAUCAUCAACAUUGUAGAUGACGACCCGUCCCCUCGCCGCCACGUCAUGCAGUUCGCUCGCCAGCUCAUCGCCUCGGGAGAAUCUAAUCUCUACUGGCAGAAGCUGGAGGCUCUGCGGACCACUCUGCCGCCCGGAAUCAACCGGCGGGGGCCCAACAAGGCGGCGUGA